AGUUGUCAAAUGGAUGUCAAUGCCAUUGCCAUUCUAGUGUUUGAUCAAUUCAUGAAACUUUAUACUUUAAUCUAAUUAAACGUGUGAAUUAAACAUAUUAGUGACCCAAGAAUACGGUGCGAAAGUGUUCAAGCAUGGACAAAAAAGUGACGGUGUGUGAAGCUACGAAGAGCCCAUCAAGGAAGAAGUCGAAAAAGGAGCACAAGCACAAACACAAGAAGCACUCAGCAGCCGAGAAGCCGGAAAAGGACAAGCAAAAGAAACACAAGAAGCAUAAAAAACACAAGCACAAAGAUCGCGAGCCAACAACCCCCGAGGCAACCGACCAUUACACUCCGGAGCGUGUUGUUAAGCUAAACGAUCCAAUGAUCAACGGUAAUUCCAAAGUAUCCUUACAACCACCGACAGUGGUUGACGAUGUUGCUGAGUAUAUCCUUGAAGGGCUUGUGGAAAAACCCGCAUCGGUGGAGGGCAUUUCGUCAGAAGAAAACAGCGUCGAUGUGCCUGAGCAGGAUUGCGACUCAGAUGCCAUUGAUAUGAACGUUAUCGAGGCAGACAUGGACCUGGAGGAACUGAUGAAGCAGAAGGAGCUGCUCCAAGCCCAACUGGCAUCAGCUUUUGUAGACGAAGGCGCGAAAGAGAAGAAUGGUGCAAAAAACCAAACGGUGGUGAUUGAGGACGAAAUCAUUAAUCUGCUGGAUUCCGAUGAGGAGCCCGAGAAGAAAAAGUCAAAACGAGACCUGCCGAGGCCUAGAGAGCGGAUCAGGGACAAGGAUAGGCGUAUUAAAGAGCUACUAGAGAAGGACAAGCAGCGGGAAAAAGAAAGGCAAAGGGAUAAGGAGCAUGACAGGAUGAGGAACCGGGAACGCUCCAGAGACAAUCGGCAUUCUAACGAAAAACCUCGCGAUGGAUUCCAUAGGGAUUUGCGGGACUAUCACCGAUACCGGGAUAACCAGAAAUGGGACCCCCGGAGCCGGGACAAUAGAGAGAGGGACAGGGACAGAGACCGGAAAACUAACACGGAGAGGGAUAGAAAACGUCGCGAUAGAAACCGCAAAAAAGGAAAAGACCAUGACAAAUUCAAAGAUUCUUUGAGCGAAGGCCAGUCAAAGACCAAGGAAGACUCUUCAGACUCGGAUGUGCAAAUCGAACUGGACAUCGACAUCAUCGACGAUGAGGAUGAGGAAGCCAUAAUCGAGAAGCGGAGAAAAGAGCGGGAGGAACUAAUGAAACGUCUAGGCGCCGGCAAUGACGACUCGAACACAAACUCCUCUCAACAAUCUAGUCCACAGCAGGAGGAGCAGAAACCUGAACCGCCCGCUAAUAUUGAACAGAUAAAGAACGGCAGCAAUAAGGACAGCAGUGAUUCUUCCAAAGGCCCGACGAAAACGCACGAAUCAAAAGCUAGCAGCAACUCGAGCCUGGAGGAGGAGUCUCUGACGCCUCCCCUGCUCCCCAAUAUGAAGCCCAAAGAGCCCGAGAAGAAAACCGACGUGAAGGGCGCAAAGAGGGCAGAGUGGGACAUGUUCUCUGAACAGGACGUAUUCAAACACAACACUAAUUCUCCAAGUACCAUAGUAAAGUCCAAGGGCUCUGGAGCUGAAAACCCGGCACUUACAGACAACUGGGACGAUGCCGAAGGCUAUUAUAGAGUGAGAAUUGGGGAAAUCCUCGACACCAGGUAUAUGGUUUAUGGGUAUACCGGCCAGGGGGUGUUUAGUAACGUGGUUCGAGCUCGAGACCAGGCGCGCGGCAAUCAGGAUGUGGCCGUGAAGAUAAUAAGAAAUAACGAAAUCAUGCACAAAACCGGACUCAAAGAGCUGGAAAUUUUGAAGAAGCUCAAUGACGCCGACCCGGAGGACAAAAUGCACUGUCUGCGCCUCAUUCGCCAUUUCUUCCACAAGCAGCACUUGUGCAUGGUGUUUGAGCCGCUCGCUAUGAAUCUGCGGGAAGUUCUGAAGAAGUACGGCAAGAAUGUCGGACUACACAUCAAGGCAGUGAGGAGCUACACUCAGCAGCUGCUGCUGGCCCUGAAGCUGCUGAAGAAGACCGGUAUAUUGCAUGCAGAUAUAAAGCCCGAUAACAUCCUAGUCAAUGACAGCAAGCUGGUGCUGAAAUUGUGCGAUUUCGGGUCGGCGUCGAAAAUCAACGAGAACGAAAUCACACCGUACUUGGUGUCGCGCUUCUACCGAGCUCCGGAAAUCAUCCUGGGCAUGCCCUAUGACUAUGCCAUCGACAUGUGGAGCGCAGCCUGCACUAUCUACGAGCUCUAUGCAGGCCGCAUUCUCUUCUCUGGCAAAUCCAACAACCAAAUGCUCAAAUUCUUCAUGGACCUGAAAGGCAAAUUCCCGAACAAAGUGAUCCGGAGGGGCGCCUUUAAGGAGCAGCACUUCGAUAGUAACUGUAACUUUUUGUACCAUGAGAUUGAUAAGGUCACAGAACGGGAAAAGGUGGUAGUGAUGACUGUGGUGAAAGUGAACCGAGACCUGCAGGCGGAGCUGGUGGCCGGUCAAGCGUUGCCCCCCGAUCAGCUGAAAAAAGUUACGCAGCUGAAAGAUCUUCUGGAGAAGGCGCUGGCCAUUGACCCGGCAAAACGGAUCAGCCUAAAUAACGCCCUCACCCAUCCGUUUAUCCAGGAUAAGAUCUGAUGAAACUCCGUUCUAACCGAAAAGGAGAAUGGCCGCUAAAGAAGCAGAGCUGGGGCGAAAACUGGCCUUAUAUGCAAAGGUAGUUUAAACAUGGGACUUAAAGCGCAUUUAAGUGGUUUCAUUCAAUAGUCGCAAACGAAGAGGAAACCCUUUAACAGCCUCAGUUAGAGAGUUUCCUUUUUCAAAUCUCCAAUUCCACUUCAACUGGCUAAUAAUCGCUCUGUUCUUCUUUUCAGGCUUUUUGAAUUAUUUUGGGUUGUCCUGCUGGGCCUCCGGUUAAACGGCGACGAUAAGUAUAAUAAUGCGCUACACGUAACCGAAUAACGAUUCUGUGUUUUAGGUUUGUUAAGCUUCUUCGGCAGACGGUAAGUAUGAAAUUACAGGGCUGAUGACACCAGCUGAUGAAACCAUAACCGAACGGUCGGAUAUCAUCAGCUGCAGAGCGCAGUGAAGUGUUUCAGAAAAAUAUGUUCCAUCGGCUUCAAUAAAAAUUCAGAUUGAGUA